AUGCCUGCAUUGGGUGGCAGCAAGACCGAGCAGAACCUCAAGGACGCCUUCGCCGGCGAGUCACAAGCCAACCGGCGCUAUCUCUACUUCGCCCGCAAGGCCGAUGUAGAGGGUCAUAACGACGUUUCGGCGCUCUUCCGCUCGACCGCCGAGGGCGAGACCGGCCACGCCCACGGCCAUCUCGACUUCCUCGUCGAGACCGGCGAUCCCGCCACCGGCAAGCCGAUCGGGAUCACGAGCGACAAUCUGGUGGCGGCGGUGGCCGGCGAGACCCACGAAUACACCGACAUGUAUCCCGGCAUGGCGCGCACCGCGCGCGACGAGGGCUUCGACGAGAUCGCCGACUGGUUCGAGACCCUGGCGAAGGCCGAGAAGUCCCACGCCGGGCGUUUCCAGAAGGCGCUCGACUCGCUCGACUAG